AAAAGGGUUCUCAGUUUGUCCUCGCAGUUGAAAUAAAACGAAUCAACGGUCAGGGAGGGGGCUGGGCUCCGAGUCACGUGGCCUGGCUCUGGGCUUUGCGGGGUGGCGUCCCUGACUGAGGGAAGCAAGCGGCAGGUGCCACCUCGGGGUCGUAGAGCAGGCGUCGGUCACUGAUGCCCCUUGUUUUAAACAGGAAUUGGGGCUUGUGGACAGUUAGACACGGAAGUCAAUGGCAGCCCCUGGCGGCGUGACUGGAAAACAAUAGGGAGGUAGUUUAGCGUGUUAGGCUGCAGUCAGUCAGCGGGCAGUGUAGGUGUGCACACCUACCUACAGACUAACUCAGUAAGAGGAUGUCUACAGUGGUGCAUAUCUACCCUCUCUUCUGGAAAAUAAGAGCCAAGCAAGCUGCCCUGCGCAAGGAAAGAUUCAUCAUCCUCCAUUCCCCUGUGAAUCAAUCACCAUAAAUCUCAAGGCAACCCAGAGGAGGAAGGUCCCCAGGGGCCUGACCCUGCUGUCAAAAAAAAAGAGAGGCAACAUUUCUGUCUGCUUUAAUCGCAGUUGUGGCAUCAAGCACAAUUUAUGUAUUUAAGCCAGUCUCUUUCUCACACCGAUAUUACUGACUAAGCCUUAUUGAUUGCUUUUUCGCUAUGAAAGCCAUGGAAGAUCAGGUGGUACAGGAAGAACCAGGAUACCAGGAUGAUGAGGAAUCCUUUUUUCAAGAUAUUGACCUGUUACAGAAGCAUGGAAUUAAUGUAGCUGAUAUUAAAAAACUGAAAUCAGUGGGAAUCUGCACUAUCAAAGGGAUCCAGAUGACAACCAGGCGGGCAUUGUGCAAUGUGAAAGGGCUUUCAGAGGCCAAAGUGGAUAAGAUCAAAGAAGCAGCCAACAAGCUUAUUGAACCGGGAUUCCUGACUGCCUUUGAAUACAGUGAAAAGCGGAAGAUGGUAUUUCACAUCACCACAGGGAGCCAAGAUUUUGACAAACUGCUGGGUGGUGGGAUUGAAAGCAUGGCUAUCACAGAGGCCUUUGGUGAAUUCCGAACAGGUAAAACCCAACUUUCCCACACUCUAUGUGUGACAGCUCAGCUUCCAGGAGCAGAUGGCUACACAGGAGGGAAGAUUAUCUUCAUUGAUACUGAAAACACUUUCCGUCCAGAUCGUCUUCGUGACAUUGCUGAUCGUUUCAGUGUGAACCAUGAUGCAGUUCUUGACAAUGUGCUGUAUGCUCGUGCAUAUACCAGUGAACAUCAGAUGGAAUUGCUUGACUAUGUAGCAGCAAAGUUCCACGAGGAAGCUGGCAUCUUCAAGCUAUUGAUCAUUGACUCCAUUAUGGCACUCUUCCGUGUGGAUUUUAGUGGCCGUGGGGAGUUGGCUGAACGGCAACAGAAACUUGCUCAGAUGUUAUCAAGGCUCCAGAAAAUCUCAGAGGAAUAUAAUGUGGCUGUGUUUGUGACCAAUCAGAUGACUGCAGAUCCAGGGGCAACUAUGACUUUUCAGGCAGACCCUAAAAAGCCCAUUGGUGGCCACAUCUUGGCCCAUGCUUCAACCACAAGGAUCAGCUUACGGAAGGGGAGGGGGGAGCUGCGCAUUGCCAAGAUAUAUGACAGCCCUGAGAUGCCUGAAAAUGAAGCCACGUUUGCCAUAACUACUGGAGGAAUUGGGGAUGCCAAAGAAUAAGCAGAAACCUGGCAAAAAUCUCCAUCUGAAAACCGCCCAGAUAAAGCCAAAGUAUCCAAGGUUACUGACUCCCUGAUUACUUUGUAUUUUUCAGGCUCAGUUUUGGAUAUUUAGAAUUGGGAGCACACUAGAAAGUUAUUAGAAGAUCAUAUUUCAAUGAUCUAAACAGGAACUGGUUCAUGUUAUUUCUUUUUUUUAAAUGAAAUUUGCAGCAGUCAGAAAUUUACAAAGCAAAGAAACUUGUGACUCAUUCAAGAAAUGUCUUCUUUAGGGUUUGUGAGAAGUAAAGCUGUUUUAUCUUAUGGGCUUAAUGGGACCUUUUAUAGUUUCUUGGAAAGAGAAUGUCUGUGAGAUAGGGUGUACACAGCAUGGAAUAAAACAGCAUUGAAACAAACAUGGUUUAAAAAAAUGAGUGGUUAAUACAUAGAGGGGAAACGUAGUGGACAGAGACAGGAAUACAGGAACUUGCUAGAUCUCAUUGAGAAUAGAAGAAUGAUAGUUACUUGAAGACAAUUUUUAGAAAUUUUAAUCUUGAUUAAUUAGUGAUUUAUUUGUAUUUAAUUCUGUUUUAGAAUAUUUAACAAUGUUAUGUAUUUUCAUGUUAAUGGAAAAUACCAAAUUAGAACAUCUCUUCCCUAUGCUUGUGUGCAAUACAUAUACUUUAAGUCAAAACCUGAUCACCUGAACUGGCCUAUUAACUUUGUUGUGAGAACUUCAGUGGGCAAACUAAACAGGAUGUAGCCCAAUAUUUCAAAUAAAUAAGCAGAAAAGAAAAUGUGUAAAUUAAAGAAACAGUCCAUGUUUAACACUUUGAGGGAUUUUUAGCACCUAAUAGCAAACCCUCUUUGCAGACAAAAAAAGAGCCGAAUGGGAAGCCAACUUUAGCGCCUGGCUUGAGGGUUUCUAUUCACCGCUAAAAAGGUGCAUUUUUAACAGAGUAAUUAAAGUACAAGUGCUAUCAUAAGGC